UAAUGUCCGAACCGGACACACGUCAACUCCUUCAAAAUAAAAAAAAGUUGCUAGGUUGCGCCGUUUGCGCAUUGCCCACCUCAUUCUUCUUCUUCACGUCGCACACCACUGUUUCAUUCUCACAACCAAAACAAACAUCUCUUUCUUCCUCUCAACAUAAAUAAUCUAUACGUGUCAAAAACUGAAAAAAAACGAGUUUUUUCUUGUGUCAGAAAACUGAUUUCGAAAGUUUUAAUUUCAAAUUUUUAUUAUCUUUUUAUGCAUGCAAAGUGAAGAGAAGAUUAUGGAGUCGGAAAAACUAAGUUUGCAUGCCUUUAUGGGAAAGUUUAGGAGCCCUUCAUGGGCGCCGUUUCUUCUUCUUCUUAUGACUUUGGUGAUAAUUCUCUCUUUCCAAAUUACGACAAAGUCUGUGAAUCCCAUCCGGGUCAGUCUUUUUUCAGGGUCGUCGGGGUCCGAUCAAUGGUUUGCUUACCCGGAAACGUGUUCCGGGUUCUUGGGGCAGUUGCCGAUGAGGAAAGUUGUGAUGUCGUUAAAGGAUUUCGGAGGUGUUGGAGAUGGGAAAACGUCGAAUACCGAAACGUUUCGGAGAGCGAUACGGUACAUGCAAGGGUUCGGAGAUAAAGGAGGCAGCCAGUUGAAUGUGCCGGCAGGUACUUGGCUUACCGGAAGCUUCAAUCUCACCAGUAAUUUCACGCUGUUCCUUGAAAAGGGUGCUGUAAUUUUGGGCUCUCCGGAGGCAGAUGAAUGGCCCAUCAUAGCGCCAUUGCCGUCUUAUGGAAGAGGGAGAGAGAGAUUAGGAGGAAGACAUAUUAGCCUUAUUCAUGGAGAUGGCCUUGUCAAUGUUGUCAUUACAGGACAGAAUGGAACGGUCGAUGGUCAGGGGAAAAUGUGGUGGGACUUAUGGUGGAACAGAACAUUGCAGCACACAAGAGGCCACCUCCUAGAACUGAAGAACUCUCGUAACAUUCUUAUCUCAAAUCUCACCUUCCUUAACUCUCCCUUCUGGACUAUCCAUCCAGUUUACUGCAGUAAUGUUAUUAUUAGGUGCAUGACAAUCCUGGCUCCUCUUGAUGCACCAAAUACUGAUGGUAUAGAUCCAGACUCUUGCUCCAAUGUGUGUAUUGAAGAUUGUUAUAUAGAAAGUGGGGAUGAUCUAGUUGCGGUAAAGAGCGGAUGGGACCAGUAUGGGAUCGCCAUGGCUCAUCCAAGCUCAAACAUCAUAGUGAGGAGAGUUUCAGGCACUACCCCAACUUGCUCUGGCGUUGGAAUAGGUAGUGAGAUGUCUGGAGGGAUUUUUAAUAUAACCAUAGAUCAUUUAAAUGUUUGGAAUUCAGGAACUGGCGUACGUAUAAAGACUGACAAAGGUAGAGGGGGAUACAUUGCAAAUAUCACGAUAAGCAAUAUAACAAUGGACAAAGUGAAGGUACCCAUAAGGUUCAGUAGAGGCUCUAAUGACCAUCCCGACAAUGGAUGGGAUCCCAAAGCUGUUCCUAAUGUGAAGGGUGUUUACAUUAGCAAUGUUGUCAGUGUAAAUUCCACAAAAGCCCCAGUUCUACUAGGCAUUGAAGAUGCACAAUUUGAAGAAAUCUGCAUGAAAAACAUUAGUCUGUUAGGCUUAACCCCAUCUGCAAAAUGGCAAUGUGAGUUUGUUUCAGGUUUCAGCAAUCAGGUGUUCCCUUUACCAUGUCCCCAGUUACAGAAAAAUAGCUCUUCUUCCAGGUGUUCAUUUUCCUGAACUUUGGGUGGUUUUGGAUGUGUAUGCAAGAAAUUUAGGUUUACGCUGUUGGGUUCAAAGUUUUUGCAUUCAGAAAUGAAGUCUGCAUUCAGCAAAAUGGAUUUGAAUGUCAAACCUGCACAUUGGCAUUGAAAGCUCAGAUUUGUUGGAGCUGAGCAAGUGAAGUUUUUCAUCUUUACAUGAAAUGUUAAUGAGCUUAACAAAACACCGCUGGUUCAGUCACAACCCAGAAUUAUGGCGGAAAAGUAAUUUUUCUUGUUCAAUUGGACUGGCUUGGUGUGAACAGGUUUGUCAAUGGCUGCUACAAAUGUUGCAUUAUUAGUUUAUCAAUUGAAAAGAUACUUUACUGACCUCGACUGAUUCUAUACAUUCAAUUUCAAGAGAUGUGUAAAGGGUACUUAUAGGUCCUAGCUAAGUUAAGAGCGUGGAAAGGGAAAAAGGAAAGUGAAGUUGCAUAGAGCAUACAUGAAACAGAUGCUAUAUCGGAAUAUAGUAAUAUGAUAUAAAAUUUCAGUUUUCAUUUGUUGUAAGCUUAGUAUUAGAAUGUUGAGUUUAAGUGUUAGAUGUUAAGAAAAUAUACUUGUUUCAUGUUCCGACAUGAAGUUUUAUUAUUGAUUAGUUGUAUGUUCAUUUAUUAUUGAUUGGUUGUA